UGUCCCGGUCCAAAUCCGGUUCUUACACGGCAGACAACACAUAUUUAGUGGGAGGUUGGAGGUGCCUCGCUGGUGGGUGUAACAUGAUGCUCCAUCACAUGGUGGAUGGAAAUUUCCACUGAGUCUCGCCGCUUAUUAAAUGGGAAGGGUCUCCGGCGCUGCUCCUCAUUUAGUCCGCCUCCCCAGCCCGCAGCUGUCCGCCUCCAUUCAAACCAGGUAGAUCAGGCUCACAGAGCUCUAGAGAGACGCCGCUCGCCACCUCGUGAACUUUGAACGCCGUUGGACACCCACCCUCCCCUUCCUUCUUUUCGCUCUGCCGUGUGAGGUGUCAGGAUGCCGGGAGCCAUGGACCGCAUGGAGCUGAAGAAGGUCUCGACCGAGGGCGACGACGACAGCGGCGACAGCUUCGAUGGCGGCUACACGGAGCCCAUCGACGCGGAGAAGGCCACCAUUAACAGUCAGUUCACGGACGACGCAGAUGAUGCUGAAAGUCAGAAGUUCCUGUCCAACGGGAUGAUGAAGAAGAAGAAAUACGAAGAGUACCAUGAAGAAUAUCACCCGGGUCACACUUCCUUCGGCAUGUCGGUGUUUAACCUGAGUAACGCCAUCAUGGGCAGCGGGAUCCUGGGUCUGUCUUAUGCCAUGGCCAACACUGGCAUCUUGUUAUUCACGGUCCUCCUGGUGGCCGUGGCCAUCUUGUCUCUGUAUUCUGUUCACCUGCUGCUGGUCACAGCAAAGGAAGGAGGUUCCCUCAUCUACGAAAAGCUGGGGGAGAGAGCCUUCGGGUGGCCGGGGAAAACGGCGGCGUUCGUGUCGAUAACCAUGCAGAACAUCGGAGCCAUGUCCAGCUACCUCUUUAUUGUCAAAUAUGAGUUACCGGAGGUGAUCCGUGCGUUCCUGGCCCUAGAGGAGAGCUCUGGUGAAUGGUACCUGAAUGGAAACUACCUUGUGGUGUUUGUGUCAGUAGGCGUCAUUCUCCCUUUGUCUCUUCUCAAAAACCUGGGGUAUCUGGGCUACACCAGCGGCUUCUCUCUGUCCUGCAUGGUGUUCUUCCUUGGUGUGGUCAUCUACAAGAAAACGCAGCUGCCCUGUCCUCUUCCUUUCUUCUUCCAACACUCAUCAAACUUCAGCGCCAAUGCUUCUGAGGUCCUGGGGCCAUACGCGCUGCACAAUGCCACCGCGCACAUGGACUUCUCCCGGGCCGACGUCUCCCCGGCUGUUCAGGGCAGCCAUGAUGCCCAUCACGCCACGGGCGUCUACGUCGAGCCUCAUCCCGAUGACGAGGAGAUGUGCACGCCCAAAUACUUUGUCUUCAACUCGCAGACGGCGUACACUGUUCCCAUCCUGGCAUUUGCCUUCGUCUGCCACCCGGAGGUCCUUCCCAUCUACAGCGAGCUGAGAGACCGCUCGCAGAAGAAGAUGCAGGCUGUCUCCAACCUCUCCAUCCUCGCCAUGCUGGUCAUGUACAUGGUGUCAGCGCUGUUCGGCUACCUCACCUUCUACAAUAACGUGGAAGCGGAGCUGCUCCACACCUUCACCAAGGUCUACAAGUUUGACACCAUGCUGCUCCUGGUGCGCCUGGCCGUGCUGACCGCCGUCACCCUGACUGUGCCCAUCGUGCUGUUUCCCAUUCGUUCCUCCAUUACCACCAUGCUGUUCAGUGGCCGAGAGUUCAGCUGGACUCGCCACCUGCUCAUCGCCGCCGCCAUCUUGGGGUUCAACAAUGUGCUGGUCAUCUUCGUCCCCACGAUCCGAGACAUCUUCGGCUUCAUCGGAGCGUCUGCGGCCACCAUGCUCAUCUUCAUCCUGCCAGCUGCUUUCUACCUGCGCCUGGUCAAGACACAACACUCACGCUCCCCACAGAAGAUUGGAGCGACCAUUUUCCUCACCGUGGGAAUCGUCUUUAUGAUCGGCAGCCUUUCGCUCAUUGUUAUGGACUGGAUUCACAACCCACCCGGUUCCGGUGAUCACUAAGCCCCUCCCCCUCGCAAACAACCACCUCACACCAGGCGCCCCCUAAACAACUACCCCCCACCCCCCUACUGCCCCCCA